AUAAAAGCGGCAUAUAAAAGAAUUUAAAUAACCAAUUCAGGCACACAGCUCAGGCAUGGUACAAUCUGAGCCAUUUAAGAGCACUAUAAUGCUGUGCACAAGGCCGAUUCAGAGUCUAUUUAGUCCUCCUGAACAAUAAAGGUAAACUAACAUUUAACAAAUUGGUCCAGUUCACGUCAAAAUUAACAAGUGUCAGCUGUCAAGAUGGCUAUGGAACACAAGUGUUACUGCAGAGGCGAUGAGGGCAAUAACAUCGACCUCAACAAGCCUGAACACUUACUGCCUAUGAUGAGGCCUUUCUCUAUGAGGCUCACCAACUUGGAAACCGUACUAAAAAACAUGUUCACAUGCGGAUUACUUGGUGAAUACUUGCACUAUGGAACCGGAGGCCUGCUGGUUGGACUGUGGAGGGAGACUAAGGAUAUGCACGAUAUUGUACACGAGUGGAUACCACGGCAUUUGAACCGAUACAUCUCGCAGGGUUAUCGGUUAGUUUUGCGCAAUUACUUGAGACAGUAGGACCCUUGUCGAGAUAGUAUUUUAGCCAUAUUGCAGUCCAUUUUUUUCUGAUUUACAAGCUAUCUAAUAUCUGAAUACUGUAUGGUAGAUUUCUACGUACUGUUAAGUAUCUAGAAGAAGCUUCUAGAAUGCCGGAAUCAAAACUUAAUAUUUGUCUACAUUUUGAUUAUUAUUCUUCUUCAAGAACUACCGUGAGAUUUUUCAACAUUAAAAUAAGCAACCUUGAAUUUUAAGCAGAAAGAAAUUCAAGAUUCCAACUUGAAGUGACUGUUUUAUCACAUUGUAAAAGACGAUAAUUCCACGACGUACCAAAAAAGUCAUUCUGUUAGAAGCUGAUGGAUUUUGUUUUUAUAUUCAUGAAUUCGGGGCAGUUCAUUUGGAAACUAAUUUAAUAUCGAACUUUAGUCGCCCUUCCACGGUCGAUAUCCAUGGUAUCUUGUAUAAUGAAUAGUUUUUUCAACUCAGUAAACUACCUAGUUGAU